AUGUUUGGCUGUAUAUCCGCGCUAAAUGUGGCAAAGGUGUUGUUUCGCAAUCUCUUGGCGCGACACCCGCCCUUUCCCAUCGCAGAAGUGGCGCCGCGGACGGAUGCAGUCGAGUUGACAUUUUGUCCCUCGCGGCCGUGGAAGCCCCGCCCCGGUCAACAUAUCUACCUGUACGUGCCUGCGGUAAGGUGCUGGCCGGCCCAGCGUUUUGAGCUCGCCUGGUGGGAAACUUCACCUGAUGGGAGGGCAGCGUCAGUCUCCGUCCUCAUUGAGGUCGAUUCUGGUUUCACAAGAAAGCUCUGGCUAACCCGGCACCGACGACUUCGCAUCAUCGUGGAUGGACCAUAUGGUGGGAAAGACCUUGACCGCUGGCAGCCGUUGAGCACAGGGUUCCCGUACGAUGCGGUAGCUCUCGUCGCGACUGGUAUUGGCAUCGUAGGCCAGCUUCCCUUCAUCCGGGAACUACUCCAACGCUUCGUCAGCGAAGAGAAGGCGAUGCACACCCGGGGAGGGGGGGUUCGCCGCCACCGUAUCUCGCUGGUGUGGCAGUUGGACAAAGAAGAGCACAUGAACUGGAUAUGUGACUGGAUGGACCAGUUGCUUGCCGAUGAUGAUACGACUUUGAUUCUUCAUAUUUCGCUUUACAUCUUGGACUGUUCGGAUCAGUCCGUUCGUAACGAACGCCCCGGGCGCCGCAUUGAUGUACACUAUAAAGAAGAACUGGAUGUAAAGAAAAUACUAGAUCGAGAGCUCGAAGAGUGGUCAGAUAAGAUGCUCGUGACGGCUAGAUUUUCAACCAAAUUCAGCCAGAGGAGGAUUUUGGGCACCGAAUGCCAGGGCCAGGCAAGGGGUCGCGUAACCGAGUGCACACCAGGGGUCGUUUUGCAGUAUCAGAAAGGAGCCACGACUUUUGUGAACCGUGACCACGCCAUGGAAAUCGGCCUUGCUUCAGAAGGGAAUAUAAAGCCAAAUAUCAUGGCACGAAUGCUGGCGUUCGUUUUUCUGCUUUCUCUGUACCUCCUCCAUCCGGCGGCGCUGGAUAUUGAUUACCUUUCAUCCUCAGCGCCAGGUCGUGCAUCGGGUGAAAGUCGGUGA